GUGCCACAGAUAUAUAAUUUGAAUGACCAAACAAGGUCUAAGCUGAUACACAAAAACUUUUAAACAAAAGUUAAUGAUUGUUAACUGAGUUCACUUCUGUACGUGUUUUCAGUUGGCUUGUUAGGGCAUCUCAAGGCAAGCCUAAGCGGAACAAAGGUCUCAAAUCAAAGUUCUUGUCGGAAAUGUUUUCGUGAAGAUCUUUUAAAGCGAUGGAAUGUGUGUUGAAAGGUGUCUCUGGAGCUCGCAUCCCACUGUACGACGGGCGGGCCCUGAUAGUGGGACGGGGCCCAGAAUCUGGAAUAGCCGACAAAAAAUGUUCCAGACAUCAGGUUAAACUGGUUGCCAACUAUGCAAGUCGAGAAGUACUUGUAACACAGCUGGGUCCUAACCCUUCAUCACUCAACCAUGAGGCCUUGAGCCGGGGGCAAUCAGGCAUCCUGGCUGAAGAUGGCACACUUUACCUGGCCAAUCAGAGCCACUCCUUCACUGUCGAUUUUACUGGGAACUCCAAUGGCUCUACCUCCCAUCCCGCUCAGAAGAGGAAAGCACCAGAAAAAAGAAGCGAGACAGACAAAGCCAAGGAGGAAAAGAAAAUGACCUCCAAACGGAGCAUACAGGAUUUCUUCACGGCAUCUCCCAAAAAGUCAGUGAAGAGACCUCACAGUUCAGAGGAAGAUGAAUCGGAAAAGAAGCGUGGGCGAACAGAGGCGCUGUCCGACGAUGAUUCGGAGAGGCUCGCUGAGGAGAAUCUGAGGAAGCUGCAGAAUCUCGCUGAGAGGGCCGGCUCUUCUCAGCAGGCGUCAGAAAAGAUGGCCCAGACUGGGUCCUCAGCCUGUUCCAAGAGUCAUUGGCAGAAGAUUGGCCAUCUUCUGUUGUACACAGCUGCAGGUGUUAGAGGAAGCUCAAAGAUUGCUGGUUUUGACAUUGAUGGCUGCAUCAUCACAACUAAGUCGGGCAAAGUGUUUCCCACAGGCCCAGAUGACUGGAGAAUUCUUUUCUCUGAAAUUAAGCGCAAACUCGCCAGUCUGCUCGGAUCAGGUUAUAAGGUGGUGUUUUUCACCAAUCAGAUGGGCAUAGCGAGGGGCUCACUGAAAGAAGAUGUGUUUAAGUCCAAAGUAGAAGAUAUUCUUCAGUCACUACAGCUACCUGUGCAGGUGUUUGUAGCUGCUGGUCCAGGAAUCUUUAGGAAGCCAGUAACAGGAAUGUGGAAGCAUUUGUGUGAGGAGGUAAAUGAUGGAAUCCCUGUGGACAAAUCGCAGAGUUUUUAUGUGGGAGACGCAGCGGGGCGCCCUGUAAACUGGGCCCCUGGGAAGAAGAAAAAAGAUUUCUCAUGCAGCGACCGAUUGUUUGCUCUAAAUAUUGGACUGCGGUUUGAGACUCCUGAGGAGUACUUCCUUGGCUGGAAGAAGGCGCCCUACAGUUACCCUUCAUUCGAUCCAAGGAAGCUGGACCCCAAUGGCCGUUUGUACGACCCCCCCUCUGCCUCCCUUACAUCCAGCACGCCAGAAGUUGUUGUGGCCGUGGGAUUCCCUGGAUCUGGGAAGUCAACCUUCUUCCAUAAGCAUAUCGUACCAAAGGGCUACACGUAUGUGAACCGAGACACACUGGGCUCCUGGCAGAGUUGUGUGUCAGCCUGUGAGAGAGCUCUGAAGCAGGGCCACAGUGUUGCCAUAGACAACACCAACCCUGACCUAGAGUCUCGCAAACGGUAUAUAGAUGUCAGUAUAAAAGCUGGGGUGCCUUGUCGCUGCUUUCAUUUCACUGCAUCUAUUGAACUGGCCAAACAUAACAACAAAUUUCGGGAGAUGGUUCCCUCGGAUACAAAACACAUGGUUGUCAACGAUAUGAUCUUCCAUAGCUACAAGAAGAAGUUGGUGGCGCCCAGUCUCUCGGAGGGCUUCUCAGAAAUUCUGCAGAUCAACUUUUUGCCUCAUUUCAAGAACAGUCAAGAGGAGGCUCUCUUCAUGCAGUUUUCUGAAGGCUGAAGACUGAGCCGACCAAGAGAUGCCAAGUCAUCCAAAGUGUGGUAGAGGUGCUGGUAACAGGCACAGCUAGCCAGUCCAUUGGCCUAAUCUUGUUACCGCACCGCACCUCCCAAAACCUACAAACUCCAAAUGGACUUUCCACUACUUUUUUUCUACACACCUCUGACUAUUUUUUUAUGUCAGUGUUCUGUUGAAUUUGUCAGAAUUUUAGAAAGUCAUGUAAAGGUUUUGCAUGUAGGUAAAGACUGUAGGGUUAUAGAACUGAAGCUAUAAAGCCUUGUUUGAGGUAAAGGAAUAAAAAAUGAGUUUUCUUUAAAAA